AUGGGAGAAACUCUUUCCCACAACAUCUCCUCGACAAUUGCCAUGCCGGGCGUGAAUCAGAAGACUCCUAGCCAAGGACCACAGGAGCCAUAUCGCAGGCCACAGGCAGAUAACAACCAAACUACUGCUCCCCCGCAGCUUCAAUCGCCGGUUCGCUUGCCGGUGAACCAGCUCUUCUCAGUCCAUGGAAGAACGGCGAUAUGCACCGGAGUCACUGGUGGAAUUGGAUUUGAGCUAUGCGCCGCAUUGGCGGAAGCGGGAGCAGAUAUUGUAUCCAUCCAGCUUCCUAAUGACCCAGCUGGACCCCGUCUCCAAGAAAUGGUGGUGGUAUUUGGCCGCAGCUUCAAGAGCUUCGAAUGCGAUGUUGCUGACUCCAAGUCGUUGCGAGCCUGUUUCGUGAGCAUUUGGGCCGCCGGUGUAGAGCCUGCCAUUCUCCUCAAUGCUGCCGGCGUCAACCAGCGAGGGUCUAUGGAGGAUCUCACAGACGACGACAUAGACAAGGUGAGUGGCGUCAUAGUGCCAAGUUCGCAUCGGCUUCAUGGUUCCUUACUAACCACACCUAAGGUCCUGGCCAUAAACCUUAAAGCAAGCUUUGUGACCUGCCAAGAAUUCGCGAAGAAGUCGUUUGAGAAAGGAAGACCAGGGAAGAUUAUAAAUAUUGGAUCCAUGACUUCAUUCAUAGGCAUGUAUAAUGUGUCGGCAUACGCAUCAUCCAAAGGAGGCAUAUUGCAGAUGACGAAAGCUUUCAGUAAUGAACUUGCCCCAAGGGGAAUACAAGUGAAUUGCAUUUGUCCUGGUUAUAUCAAGACUCCCCUUACUGAAGCUUUGGUAAAAGACAAAUCUUACAACGACUUUAUUAUGAGCAGGACGCCAGCUAUGAGAUGGGGCGAGCCAAAGGAUCUACGGGGCGCCUUGAUUUUUCUCGCGAGCCCAGCGAGUGACUUCAUAACAGGCGUACCGAUAAUUGUUGAUGGGGGAAUGCUAGGGAAGUAA